CUGGGUAGUCAAACGACUGCAUUCGUUGAAGUGACCAGCAGUUCUCACUUGUGGGAGAGUUGUGGAUAGUGACCGACCGUCAUAAGAUCGGAUAUCGCUCAAGAAUCGGUCACCACGAUAGAGUAUACACAUGCGCAUUAGAGUACGUCGGAGAGGAACUUUCGGACAGUGUUUUAUCCAAAGGAUUACUCUGAACUACUUCUCUACUGUGGACACUCUGACACUACGGUGUCCGGUGACGGCCGCUUCUGAGAGUCUACUCUGAGAGCAUGACGGCCGGGUGGUUCGAUGCCUGGCGGGAAGAUGGAGGUCCAGCCCUUCACGCAGAUCCGAACAGAACCCACGUAACUGUGGACACCCCAGAGCUAUUCAUCUGCAUAGCGUUCGUCACGUUAUUUGUGGCCUUCCUCAUCAUAGUGCCAGGAAUCCGAAGAGAGAGGAUCACGACAUGCCUAUGCGUGACCGUAUCACUCGCGGUCGGAGCGUCAAUUUUGACAGCAAUACACGGAGGAGGGUGGCACAUCGCGCAAGCAUCAACCAACACAUUUUUCAACAGGGCAUUCACGGACGAACGUCUGCCCGCACAAAUCGGAGUUUCGAUCGGACUGGUGUCCGUCAACGUCACGUAUGCAGUCUCGCCAGACAACCACAACCACAGCAGCAUCGACAUCCACUACAACGAGCGAUUUCAUUUCACGAAACCCACGAGUAUCCAGGAGGAGUAUAAGGAAAGCCUAGUAAAAGGGCUUCCUUAUCCAAUCUUGACAGUGCUGGAUUACCUCCGUCAAGAUAGUGAUGGCUUCACUUGGGGACGAGCCUAUCGGAAGGCUGGGUUCUGGGCAUCUUAUUUCUUGUGGUGGUCGUUCGCGCUGUGGCUGUUGUCGAAUCUGCUGUUGUGUGCCGUGCCUCGUUAUGGAGCUUAUCUGUUCUCAGUGACCGGACUUGUGAUGCUCUUGUCCGUGUGGAUAUAUGCAGUGCUUCUACCAUCGACUCCUCUGAUCAUCCCGAUGGAGAAUGGAAGUUUCCUCAAGUUUGACCUCGGCUGGUGCUUCUACAUGGUGCUCGUUCUCGGGUGCGUCGCCUUCGUCCUUGGUACUGGCAUGGCCAUCGUGGACACUCUGUGGCCGUCGAAAUUCUCAACGAUACUCGAAGUCGAUUACGACACACCGUAUAGGUACUUUGUCGCUCAAGGAUAUUCGAACUCACGAUGCCCUUCGCUGGUUCCAACUCCACACUCAACGAUCACGGCAAGAACGUCAAAAGGUCAACAGCAACUCUUCAAGGUACUGCAGAAACUAGAAGACGAGCUCUCCGAUAUGUCGCGAUCUGAUUACGGAGACGACAACAGCGAAUUCGGGGGCCGCGACAACGCAGCCUACGAUGGAUCUUCGGAGCGGAUCGAAGUUGAGAAGAGCGAGGAAGUUCUAGACGACAUCCACGAGGAAUUCGAGAUGGUCGACGGCAAGAGAGCGAUAACGCUGCAGGAUUUCGGGAAGUUCGCAAACCGAAUGGCCAACGCCGCCAAGCACAAGCCAUUCGGCAGCGUUGUCAAUCGUCGCCAAUCCUAUGGGGGCGCUGCAGCAGCUCAAUUCCAGCACAACCACGUCCAGCCGUCAAUGAGUCUAGUGCAGAAAGACAACGGCACGACGACGAUUCAGAUCAGCCACACACUGUCGGUAUCAGAGAAGUUAUGAAACUGAAUCGACUUGUUCCCUCACGGGAGGAAAGACCGGAAGAGUAGUCGACGUCGAGAGGUAGCCACAGGAACUCAAAGAUACAGUCAAACUUACGGAAGAGAAGUCCGGGAGUGGGAGUACGGUACUUCGAAACCAAGCGAUUGUGAUACCUAAGCGACUCCAGGAGUCUCCCUAGCCAUAGAUAGAAGUUUUCAAGAAGGCGUUAAUAGCAACUCCGGAACGAGAAUCCCUGGAGCGAGUUUUGGGACUCGAUGAGCAGCGGAAAGAUGACCGAAGAGCUUGCUCACUGUGCUCGGACCCAAAAAUGUCUCCCUAUCCAGGGAAUCGGUAGAGGUUCAUCCAGGGGCAUUUCCUGCUGGACGGGCCAACUUGAAUCUGCGCGACGACUGAGGACUCGAUCCUCCUUCGAAACCGGGCGACGUGUGUUACCGUCGAUAUGACGAAGACGAAGGAUUGCAACAACAAAGAGCCGCGAGCGGCCGGAUUGUAAAUACGAUCUAGUCAAAUAGAUUUAGCUUAGAAUAAGAUGCCACAGGUUCUUCGCACCUUUCCAAGUCGGAAUUCAGGUUCAGAUCCCCGUGCGUCGGGACACUAUGAGCGGAGCUCACCCAUAGAGGGACUUCGGAGUCCGUAAAAACGCGUUUGUUUGCGAGAUUUUCCUUCUGGAUUAUUCUUCAAGGAUUCAUUUCGGUAAUUCUCCGUCAUCGAGCAUUCGUGCUCGUCGCGUGCUUGAGCUUACGAAGUUCUUGGCUGCGGAGUCUCCGCACCCACUUGCAAGGGCUGAGUCGCUAUGCCUGACGCCAAACGAGAACUGAUUGAAUAUUUAUUCUAACUUAUUCCCUGAGCAGAGUGAACAGACCAAAUUCGAAGAGCUGCAUGAAGUAGUAUCUGGAUGAGUUCCAUUGUGGGAGCUCAUGCUUGGAAUAGAAUAGUCAACUCCGAACCGAAAUGCUCAAACACCCGUCCAUUGGAAAUUGUGUUGGAGAAUUUUACGAAAAGCAAAACAAUGAUGAUCGGUCAAGUCGUAGACGUAGCGAAUCGGUACAAUUUUUUUGAGAGGAGAGUGUCAUUGGCCAAAAGGGAAAUUCAAGGCUGGAUUCGGAAGAGCGAUAAUUGGUAUGGACCGGCGAACAC